UGGAGCGGUGAAAUGCGUAGAUAUCGGAAAGAACGCCCAACUGGCCAAGCAGCUAGGAAGAAAUGAAGAGAACGAGAAUUAUUAAAACUAGCAUAUUGAAAGAUUAAGCGACCAAAGUAGCCAUGAGCUGCUACAAUGUUAUAAGUUUCUUCUUCUUGACUAAAUUUGUAACCUGCAUUAGCAGAUUCUUGUUGGCUUGCAGGCCAGGUAAGUCCUCAUUUCAGCAGGCCACGUCAGGGACCCGCCGCGCAUGACCACACUUACUCGCUCGCAGACAGCAGCGAUGAAUCAGAAGGCAGGCGAGACUGACGAGGCCUACGAGGCACGAUUGAUGGCCCUCAUAGCCGAAGGCAAGCAACGGGCAGACGCAGCGGCAGCAGCACGGAAGAAGAAAGAAGCAGAGGCAGAGAAACAGCGUCUUCUGGCGGAAGAACAGCGGCAGAAGCACGCGCCAGCAGCAGCCAAGGCCGCUGAUGAAGAACGCGUACGGCGACGCGAGAUCAUAUUCAGGGAGGAAAGUGCAUUACACGCACAGGCCAAGGAUUGGCAGAAGGAGGCCGAGAACGGCGAUCCCGUUGACGUCGGGAGCAGAGUAUCUCAGCUGCUCAACCGUGUCACGGACCUCCUCGCGACUUGCAUCGCGCARCARGAGGAUAUCUACUCUCUCGACCACACCAACAAGGCGUUACAGCAGUCGCUGGACCAGACGCUCAAGCGCGUUCAACAACUGGAGCAGCAGGUCGCUAACGCCAAUGCCAGCGCCGGCCCCUCCGACCUCGCCGACCGCGUCAACGUCUUGGAGAUAGACGUGGGGACACUCAAGGCCGGGGCGCAACAGCACGUCUGCGCCGCAGCCAGCUCCAGCACGGCGCCACGCGAGACCAUUGUCAAGUUUGACGGGCUCCCGAUCUUCUAACAGCAUGCCAAGCGGAGACUGGAUUUCCGAGUUCCAACGCCUCGCAAGCACGCCCAAGCUGCCGCUGAACUUCGACGACAUCAAGCUCUAUUUCAUCAAGAGGUCGUGCCCGGCGUUGCAGAAUGCGUUGACUCAUGUCGCCGACACCCUCACUACAAGCGAGGAACUCUUCAACAAGGCCGCGCAGAUCAUUGUGACGAACUUGGCAGCCCGGAAUACGAGCNGGCCGCUGAUGAAGAACGCGUACGGCGACGCGAGAUCAUAUUCAGGGAGGAAAGUGCAUUACACGCACAGGCCAAGGAUUGGCAGAAGGAGGCCGAGAACGGCGAUCCCGUUGACGUCGGGAGCAGAGUAUCUCAGCUGCUCAACCGUGUCACGGACCUCCUCGCGACUUGCAUCGCGCARCARGAGGAUAUCUACUCUCUCGACCACACCAACAAGGCGUUACAGCAGUCGCUGGACCAGACGCUCAAGCGCGUUCAACAACUGGAGCAGCAGGUCGCUAACGCCAAUGCCAGCGCCGGCCCCUCCGACCUCGCCGACCGCGUCAACGUCUUGGAGAUAGACGUGGGGACACUCAAGGCCGGGGCGCAACAGCACGUCUGCGCCGCAGCCAGCUCCAGCACGGCGCCACGCGAGACCAUUGUCAAGUUUGACGGGCUCCCGAUCUUCUGUGACGCAUCGAAGACGGACCCCAUACAAUGGUGGCGCCAGUUCGAACUCAAGCUGGACCUCCACCACGUCGCCAACGAGAAUCGGCAUGCAUAUUUGGAAGCAAUUGCCAUGGAUAUCACCGAGGCGUUCCCCAAGCACAAGACGGGCAUCGAUGGGAUUCUCACGGUGGUUGACCGACUCACCAAGUUCGUCAUGUUCUUGCCUUGCCGCUACCAUGCCAAGGCACCGGAGUUGGUCGAGGUUCUCUACGCCAGUUGGAUUCGAACCAAGGGUUACCCCAAGGAAAUCGUUUGCGACCGCGACACUCGGUUCAUGUCCAACUUUUGGUUGGCGCUCAUCAAGCGAUGGGGCUCUUCCCUCAAGCCAAGUUCAGCUCGCCACCCCCAAACCGAUGGCCAAACGGAGAGGGCACAUCAGACCGCACAGGUCCUUCUUCGCACUCUCAUUCGUCCCGACCAAAAGGAUUGGGUCGAGCGGCUGCCGAAUGUUGAGUUGGCUUACAACUCGUCUAUCCAUCCGGCUAUCGGGAUGUCACCGUUCGAGUUUGAGCAUGGCUCGCCGGUCAACUCUCCGGUGGACACAAUCAUGCCACGGAUGACCGAGAGCGACGACCACCUUCUCUUCAUUCGUCGGAUGCAAGAGCUUGUUGUCAAGGCAUGCGAUCAGAUGUCGAAGACGUAGCAACGUAUGCGCCAACAGGCCAACCGCCAGCGUCUUCCUUGUCCAUUCCGCGCCGGCGACCUCGUAUGGGUUUCCGCUGCGGAAUUCA